AUGGUAAAAUCUAAAAUAAUAUCUAUCUAUCUAUCUAUCUAUCUAUCUAUCUAUCUAUCUAUCUAUCUAAGAAAACUGAUAAAAAGACAUAUCAAGGGGGAAAUUAAACCAAAUUUCAUUCAUUCAUUCAUUCAUUCUUUCUUUCUUCCUUUCGUUCUUUCUUUCUUUUUUCUAUCUAUCUAUCUAUCUAUCUAUCUAUCUAUCUAUCUAUCUAACCUUAUAUGCUAUCUAUCUAUCUAUCUUUAUUUCUUAUUUUCCUAUCUCUCUCCCUAUAUGCAAAGAUUGGUAUCUAUCUCAUUUCUUUCUUUCAUUCAUUCUUUCUUUCCUUUCUAUCUAUCUAUCUAUUUUAGCUUAUUUUCUAUCUAUCUAUCUAUCUGUCUGUCUCUCUCUCUCUCUCUCUCUCUCUCUCUCUCUCUCUCUCUAUAUAUAUAUAAAGAUUGUUGGAUUCUUUUUUUUUUCUUUUACAUUUUCAUUUUCUUUCUUCCUUUCAUUCUUUUCUUUCUUUUUAUCUUUUCUUUCUAUUUCUAUUUCUAUCUAUCUAUCUAUCUAUCCUUAUAUUUUUUUCUUUCUUUCUUUCUUUUUUCUAUCUAUCUAUUUCUAUCCUUGGUGCAAACACUGGUUUCUAUCUCAGGAGGAUCUUCUUUUAUUUAUUUCUUUUAUUUUUUCUUUUCUUUUUAUCUGGCAUCUAUCUAUCUAUCUAUCUAUCUAUCUAUCUAUCAAAUCAAUUUUCCAAAUUUUCUUUCUUUCUUUCUUUCUUUCUUUCUUUCUUUCUUUCUUUCUUUCUUUCUAGGUUUCCACAUUUUUCAUUCUUUCUUUUCAACCAACUUUCUUUCUUUCUUUCUUUCUUUCUUUCUUUCUUUCUUUCUUUCUUUCUUUCUUUCUAGUUUUCAAUUUUCUUUCUUUCUUUCUUUCUUUCUUUCUUUCUUUCUUUCUUUCUUUCUUUCUUUCUCAUUUUCCAACUUUCUUUCUUUCUUUCUUUCUUUCUUUCUUUUUUCUUUCUUUCUUUUUUCUUUCUGUCUUUUUUCUUUCUCAGUUUUCAAUUUUCUUUCUUUCUUUCUUUCUUUCUUUCUUUCUUUCUUUCUUAGCUGUACAUAUCUCCCUGUCUACCUUCUAAGCUACUUCGCGCCAGUGGAUUAUUUUUCGCACUAA